ACGUUAAGCCUGUGAACUAGGACAUUUUGCACACUCAAACAGUGGAUGCUUGGCUAGCGGAUUGAAUUGACCGUUUCUCACUAACGUUAUAAGGAAGUGAUUCAAUCACGGGGAAAUAUAUUUAAGUGUAAUUGCUAUUCUGAAUUAAAUAGGUAUUGCAUGGGGUAACAACCUUGGCAUUUCUAUUCCGCGCGUGGGACAUUGUAUUAGCUUUCUAGAUAGCAAGAGAUAUGUGAAGGCCUCCCCCUUUUUGUCUAGCUAGCUAAUAAGUAUCAGCGUUACCAUUUAAAUAACUACAUCAGUGUUAAUUUUGCUUGAGUUUUGUUUUGUUGAAAGUAAUUAGCUAGCUACAUUGCUGAACUUGGCUAAAUAACGUUAGCUAACGAGCAAAAUUAAUAGCUAACGGUAGCUUAACAAAAUUGUACGCGCUAGUCUCGCUGUUGGUGCCGAACGCUUGUGCUAUGGGUUUGCUGUCACAAGGGUCACCGCUCAACUGGGAAGAAACCAAAAAGUAUGCAGACCAUGUCAGGAUGCAUGGCAUCGUUCAGUUUCUCAACAUCUAUAACAAGGUGAAAGAACGACAGAAGGAUGUAUUGUUAUGGGGCGAUGAGGUGGAAUACAUGUUGAUUGAAAUGGAUGAGAAAAAUGAAAAGGUUCGUCUUGUUCUCAAUGGUGGGGAGGUUUUGGAAACCCUUCAAGACAAAGGUGAAAAGGCAAACCCCAACCAUCCUACCCUUUGGAGGCCAGAGUAUGGCAGCUACAUGAUCGAAGGGACUCCGGGGCAGCCAUACGGUGGGACGAUGUCAGAGUUCAACACAGUGGAGGACAACAUGGGAAAGAGGAGGCGAGAGGCCUCAUCUGUGCUGAAUAAGAAUGAAACCCUUGCCACCAUCACAUCAUUCCCAAGGUUAGGUUGUCCAGGCUUCACCCAGCCAGAGUACAAACCAACACCUGUUGAAAAAGGAGUGUCCAAAUCACUGUUCUUCCCAGAUGAAGCCAUAAACGGACACCCAAGAUUCAGCACCCUGACCAGAAACAUUCGUCACAGAAGAGGAGAGAAGGUAGUGAUCAACGUACCCAUCUUUAAAGACAAGUGCACUCCAUCUCCAUUUGUGGAGAAGUUUCCGGAGGAUGAUGGGGAAGCCGCCAGAGCAGCUCUCCCUGAUCACAUCUACAUGGAUGCCAUGGGCUUCGGAAUGGGCAACUGCUGUCUUCAGGUGACAUUCCAAGCUUGCAGCAUUGAAGAGGCGAGGUACCUUUAUGACCAACUAGCAACAUUCUGCCCCAUAGUGAUGGCCCUCAGUGCUGCUUCGCCGUUUUACAGAGGCUAUGUGUCAGACAUUGAUUGUCGCUGGGGAGUUAUUUCUGCCUCGGUGGAUGACAGGACCGGGGAAGAGAGAGGGCUGGAGCCUUUGAAAAGCAACAAAUUUCGAAUCUUGAAAUCAAGAUAUGAUUCAAUCGACAGCUACCUCUCCAGUUGUGGCGAUAAGUACAAUGACAUAGAUCUGACAAUAGACGAGGAGAUCAACAAACAGUUGCUGGAUGCAGGGAUUGACAAACUGCUGGCCCAACACAUAGCCCAUCUUUUCAUCCGGGAUCCGCUGUCACUCUUUGAGGAGAAAAUUCACCUGGAUGAUGAAAACGAGUCAGAUCACUUUGAGAAUCUGCAGUCAACCAACUGGCAGACAAUGAGGUUCAAACCUCCUCCUCCAAACUCGGACAUUGGAUGGCGAGUUGAGUUCCGCCCCAUGGAGGUGCAACUUACCGAUUUUGAAAACUCUGCUUACGUUGUUUUCAUCGUCCUGCUCACCAGGGUUAUCCUGUCCUAUAAACUAGACUUUCUCAUCCCCUUGUCAAAGGUUGACGAAAACAUGAAAGUGGCCCAGGAAAGAAAUGCAGUCCAAGAGGGCAUGUUUUACUUCCGGAAGGACAUCUAUAAAGGCUGUAACCCUGUCCUCGAUAGCUCCUCAGCGGCCCAGAACGGCUUGGACAGUGAGGGUGACAAUGAGUACAUACUGAUGAGCAUUGACACAAUCAUCAAUGGAAAGGAAGGAGUUUUUCAAGGGCUGAUACCAAUCCUUAACUGCUACCUGGAAAACAUGGAGGUGGACGUCGAUACAAGAUGCACCAUCCUGAACUACCUGAAGCUCAUCAAGAGACGCGCCUCAGGUGAACUGAUGACCAUAGCAAAGUGGAUGAGGGAGUUUGUCGACAAGCACACUCAAUACAAGCAAGACAGCGUAAUAACUGACAAAAUAAACUACGACUUACUCCGCAAGUGUGACAGUAUCUCAAAAGGAGAGGAGCGAUGCCCAGAACUUUUUGGAGACCCAGUCAAUAGGGGCAAAUAAACCAAUUGUCACAGCUGUAAUCAAUGAAUUAAUGUGUUGUGCAUCAUCAAUGAUGUACGUGAAAAGAGAGCCUAAAUAUCUGGCUGAACAAAGAAGUGGUCCAAACUACACUAAACAAAAAUAUAAACGCAACAUGUAAAGUGUUGGUCCCAGGUUUCAUGAGCUGAAAUAAAAAAUCCCCAAAAUGUUCCGGACACACACAAAACAUAUUA